AUGGCCACGCCGUUACCAAUUAAAUUUCAAGAACACAUCUCGUUGCAAAAUUUGGGUAUAAAUGCAGCAAAUAUCGGAUUUGCGACUUUAACAAUGGAAUCGGACAAAUUUAUUGUUGUUCGUGAAAAAAUUGGCGAUUCAUCACAAGUUGUUAUUAUCGAUUUAAACGAUAUCAGCAAUCCUCUUCGACGACCAAUAACUGCCGAUUCGGUGAUUAUGAAUCCGGCAACGAAAGUUUUGGCACUUAAAUCAAAUAAAACUCUUCAAAUUUUCAAUAUUGAACUAAAAUCGAAGAUGAAAGCAUAUAAUAUGCCAGAAGAAGUAACAUUUUGGAAGUGGGUAAAUAUGAAUACUAUCGCAAUUGUUUCAGAGACAUCAGUUUAUCAUUGGUCGCUUCAGGGAGAUAGCAUCCCAGUAAAAACAUUUGAACGACAUGCGACCCUGAACGGUUUUCAAAUAAUAAAUUAUCGCGCUGAUUUUGAUUGCAAAUGGCUCUUGCUUAUCGGGAUUGCAGCUAGGGAUAAUCGCGUAGUGGGAGCAAUGCAGCUAUAUAGUACAGAGCGGAAAGUGUCGCAACCAAUUGAAGGUCAUGCUGCUUGUUUUGUUCCUUUUAAAAUGGAAGGUAAUCCCAAUCCAAGCAACCUUUUCUGCUUUUCUGUUCGGACAACACAAGGUGGAAAGCUGCAUAUAAUCGAAGUGGGAACCACCACAACACAAAAUAAACCAUUUCAAAAAAAACAGGUUGAUGUAUAUUAUCCUGCUGAAGCAGCUUCUGAUUUCCCAGUUGCUAUGCAAGCUUCAUCUAAACAAGGUAUCGUCUAUUUAGUGACAAAGUACGGUUACGUCCAUCUUUACGAUAUUGAAACUGCUGUAUGUAUUUACAUGAAUCGAAUUUCAUCGGAAACAAUUUUUGUCACGGCUGAAUAUACAAUUACUGAAGGCAUUAUCGGAGUGAAUCGUAAAGGACAAGUGUUAUCAGUAAGUAUUGAUGAAAACAAUAUGAUACCAUAUGUUACCCAGACUUUACAAAAUCCUGAAUUGGCGCUUAAAUUGGCUAUAAGAUGUGAUUUACCUGGUGCAGAAGAACUUUUUGUGCGGAAAUUCAAUUUGUUAUUCGCAAAUGGCAAUUACUCUGAAGCGGCCAAAGUUGCUGCCACUGCUCCUCGUGGUAUCUUGCGUACUCCUCAGACUAUCCAGAAAUUCCAGCAGUGUCCUGCUACUGCAAGUGGUGGUCCGAGUCCACUUCUUCAAUAUUUCGGUAUAUUACUCGAUCAAGGACAGCUUAAUAAAUACGAAACAUUGGAAUUGUGUAAACCAGUCGUCGCCCAAGGCAGGAAGCAGCUAUUGGAAAAAUGGUUAACAGAGGGUAAACUGGAUUGCAGCGAAGAGCUAGGUGAUCUUAUUAAACCUCAUGAUGUUAAUAUUGCUCUUUCAGUUUAUUUACGUGGUAAUGUGCCUCACAAGGUAGUUCAGUGUUUCGCCGAAACUGGUCAAUUUGAGAAAAUUAUUUUAUAUGCAAAGAAAGUUAAUUUUGAACCAGAUUAUUUAUUUCAAUUGCGCCAAAUCUUGCGAUCAAAUCCAGAUGUUGGAGCUAAAUUUGCACAGAUGUUAGUUACCGAAGGUGGUGAUGAACCUCUUGCUGAUAUCAAUCAGAUAGUAUCAUGUUUCGAAGAAGUACAAGCUAUCCCUCAAUGUACUUCAUUCCUCUUAGAAGUGCUUAAACGUGAUAAUGAAAGCGAGGGUUAUUUGCAAACAAAAUUACUUGAAAUGAACCUUCUUUAUGCUCCUCAGGUUGCUGAUGCUAUUCUGGGAAACCAGAUGUUCCACCACUAUGAUCGUGCAGCGAUUGGACAAUUAUGUGAAAAGGCCGGGCUUCUGCAGCGUGCACUAGAGCAUUUCACUGACCUUUAUGAUAUUAAAAGAACCGUCGUACAUACACAGCAUUUGAAACCAGAUUGGCUAGUAAAUUAUUUUGGUCAGUUAUCCGUGGAUGAUUCAUUGGAGUGUCUCAAAGCAAUGUUGCAAACAAACAUGCGGCAAAAUUUGCAAAUAGUGGUCCAGAUAGCAACAAAGUAUCAUGAACAGCUUACAACUAACGCUCUUAUCGAUUUAUUCGAGUCAUUCAAGAGCUAUGAAGGGCUUUUUUAUUUUCUUGGAGCAAUUGUCAAUUUUUCACAGGACCCAGAAGUUCAUUUCAAAUAUAUUCAGGCUGCUACUCGUACUGGUCAAAUAAAAGAAGUUGAGAGGUUAUGUCGUGAAUCGAAUUGUUAUGAAGCCGAACGAGUUAAAAAUUAUCUAAAAGAAGCCAAGUUAACUGAUCAGCUGCCUCUUAUAAUCGUGUGUGAUAGGCAUGGAAUGGUCCACGAUUUAGUUUUGUACCUUUAUCGUAAUAAUCUGCAAAAAUACAUUGAGGUAUUCGUACAGAAGGUAAAUCCAUCCCGUUUACCAAUUGUUGUGGGUGGCUUGCUUGAUGUAGAUUGUUCGGAAGACGCGAUCAAACAGCUUAUCAUCAAUACAAGAGGAAAGUUUGAUAUAGAUGAAUUGGUUGAAGAAGUUGAGAAGCGAAAUAGACUAAAGCUGUUGGCUCCUUGGUUAGAAAUGCGAGUACAAGAAGGUAUGACAGAUGCCGCGACACAUAAUGCUCUCGCAAAAAUUUAUAUUGAUGCUAAUAAUAAUCCAGAGAGAUUUCUUCGUGAAAAUCCCUAUUAUGACUCACGAGUCGUUGGCAAAUAUUGUGAGAAAAGAGAUCCUCAUUUUGCAUGCCUUGCUUAUGAACGCGGACAAUGUGAUUUAGAGUUGAUAAAUGUAUGCAAUGAGAAUUCACUUUUCAAAAAUCUUUCGCGUUACCUGGUCAAGCGCCGUGAUUUUGUAUUGUGGGCACAAGUUCUGGCUGAAGACAAUCAACACAGAAGACAAUUGAUAGACCAAGUUGUACAGACAGCUCUAUCUGAAACGCAAGAUCCAGAGGACAUUUCUGCAACUGUGAAAGCAUUUAUGGCUGCUGAUCUUCCUAAUGAGUUGAUUGAAUUGCUGGAAAAAAUCGUUUUAGAUAAUUCAGCAUUCUCGGAACAUCGCAAUCUUCAAAAUCUGCUUAUAUUGACUGCUAUUAAAGCUGAUCGCUCAAGAGUUAUGGAAUAUAUACAAAAGCUUGAUAAUUAUGAUGCUCCUGACAUUGCCAAUAUUGCUGUUUCUAAUGAACUUUAUGAAGAAGCUUUCGCAAUUUUCAAGAAAUUUGAUGUUAACACAGCUGCAAUCAAUGUUCUUAUCGACAAUGUUGUAAAUCUCGACCGUGCUUAUGAAUUUGCUGAACGAUGUAAUGAACCAGGAGUAUGGGCCUCAUUGGCAAAAGCGCAGUUGAAAGAAGGGCUGGUUAAAGAGGCCGUUGAUUCAUUCAUAAAAGCAGAUGACCCCACAGCUUACAUGGAAGUUGUGUGUAAAUGCGCGGAAACAGAUAGUUGGGAAGAUUUGGUCAGAUAUCUACAAAUGGCACGCAAGAAAUCGAGGGAAUCUUAUAUUGAAACUGAAUUGGUCUAUGCUUAUGCUAAAACAAAUCGCUUGACUGAUCUUGAAGAAUUCAUUUCUGGGCCUAAUCAUGCUCAGAUUCAGCAGAUUGGUGAUCGUUGUUUCGAUAAUGAGAUGUAUGAAGCGGCCAAAAUUCUAUUCAACAGUAUUUCUAAUUUCGCCAAACUAUCCGUAACAUUGGUUCGACUUGGUGAAUUCCAAGGAGCUGUAGAUGCCGCGCGGAAAGCCAAUUCGACAAAAACUUGGAAGCAGGUAUGCUUUGCUUGCGUUGAUAAUGAGGAGUUUAGAUUAGCUCAGAUCUGUGGAUUGCACAUUGUUGUUCAUGCCGACGAAUUGGAGGAAUUGAACAAUUAUUACCAGGAAAGAGGGCAUUUCGAAGAGCUUAUUGGCUUGUUGGAGGCAGCCCUUGGACUGGAGCGUGCACAUAUGGGCAUGUUUACUGAAUUAGCAAUAUUGUACAGUAAGUAUAAGCCUGAAAAAAUGCGUGAACAUCUUGAAUUGUUUUGGAGUCGCGUCAAUAUUCCGAAAGUUUUAAGAGCAGCUGAACAUGCUCAUUUAUGGUCAGAACUCGUUUUUCUUUAUGAUAAAUAUGAAGAAUAUGAUAAUGCAGCACAGACCAUGAUGCAACAUCCAACAGAAGCAUGGCGUGAACAACAUUUCAAAGAAGUUAUCACUAAGGUUGCAAACAUAGAAUUAUACUACAAGGCAAUGCAGUUUUAUUUGGACUAUAAGCCACUACUUCUUAAUGACUUAUUGAUUGUUCUCACACCACGACUUGAUCAUUCUCGAACAGUCUCUUUCUUUCACAAAUUGGAUCAGUUGCCUUUGAUCAAACCGUAUUUGCGGCAAGUACAAACACAAAACAAUAAGUCGGUAAAUGAAGCUUUAAAUCAAGUCUUAAUUGAGGAAGAAGAUUAUGCAAGUCUUCGAGCUUCUAUUGAUGCUUAUGAUAAUUUCGAUAACAUUGCUUUAGCUCAACAGCUUGAAAAGCAUGAAUUAAUUGAAUUUCGACGAAUAUCUGCAUAUCUCUAUAAAGGAAAUAAUCGAUGGAAACAAAGUGUUGAAUUAUGUAAGAAAGACAAGCUUUAUAAGGAUGCAAUGGAAUAUGCCGCGGAAUCUCGUCAACCUGAAAUAGCAGAAGAACUUCUUGCUUUUUUCUUAGAUAAUAAAUUAUAUGACUGUUUUGCUGCAUCGCUUUACCAGAUGUACGAUCUUUUGCAUCCUGAUGUCAUUAUGGAACUUGCUUGGAAACAUAAAAUCAUGGACUUUGCUAUGCCAUACAUGAUUCAGGUCAUGCGCGACUACCAUAAUAGGAUUGACAAAUUGGAACGUGCGGAAGCUGAAAGAAAGGAAGAAGUUAGAGAAAAACAACAGCAGAAUGGAGGAAUGAUAGAACCACAACUUAUGCUUACUUUUGGCGGUGCACCGAUGAAUGCUUUGCCACAAAUACCGGGAACAUACGUUGCUCCAGGCGGGUCCUAUGGUGGAUCGCCGGCUCCUGGCAUGUAUGGUGCUGCAAUUUAUCCCGGUGGAUCUUAUGCAAUGUGA